CCCUCCUCCCUCCCUCCCUGCUCUCAUUCCCACCUCCUCUACCUCCCUCCUCUGGACUCAAAUGCUAGUAACACCGGUAGGUUAGCUAUUGUCGGUCUGUCAGCCAAAGAUACAGACAGUAAAGGCUUUGAUUUCACAGCACAGCUACACCGGGAGAGAUAACGGAAACGGCUCUAUGUGAUAUCCCCUACAUUGAUCUAACAGCAACUGCAAGCAAGACGAGCGAACAAAGCACAAUCAGACUACUGUAACAAACAACAGAAGACAAGAACAACCACCGCGUAACAGGCUGACAGACAGAUUGACACUUUGACCAGCCAGGGCUUCAGAUAAAUGGCUGACAAGCAGAUCAGUUUGCCUGCCAAAUUGAUCAAUGGGGGGAUCGCUGGCCUAAUUGGAGUGACCUGUGUGUUUCCCAUUGACCUGGCCAAGACUCGCUUGCAAAACCAGCAAAAUGGAUCUCGCCUUUACACCAGCAUGUCAGAUUGCCUUAUUAAGACCAUCCGGUCAGAGGGGUAUUUUGGGAUGUACCGAGGAGCGGCGGUGAACUUAACACUAGUCACACCAGAGAAAGCCAUCAAAUUGGCUGCCAACGACUUCUUCAGGCAUCACCUCUCCAAGGAUGGAAAACUAACUCUGUUCAAAGAGAUGCUGGCUGGGUGCGGGGCAGGUACAUGCCAGGUUAUUGUCACAACUCCUAUGGAGAUGCUGAAAAUCCAGCUUCAAGAUGCUGGACGACUUGCGGCUCAGAGGAAGCUGAUGCCAGAGACGGUGGCAGCAGGUACUGUGGAGACCAAGUCCCCAACAGCCAUGCAGCUCACCAGAGAAUUAUUUAGGGAAAAGGGCAUUGCUGGGCUGUACAAGGGCCUUGGUGCCACAUUGCUCAGGGAUGUCCCAUUCUCCAUCAUCUAUUUCCCCCUAUUUGCCAACCUGAACAACCUGGGCAAAAGAGACAUAGAUGGGCCUGCUCCGUUCUACGUGUCGUUCAUAUCAGGCUGUGUCGCCGGGAGCACAGCGGCUGUCGCUGUCAACCCCGUCGAUGUGAUAAAGACUAGACUGCAGUCGCUGAACCGGGGAAGCACAGAAGACACGUACAGCGGAGUGACUGACUGCAUCAGGAAAAUCAUGCGUAAUGAGGGUCCAUCCGCCUUCCUGAAGGGAGCUUACUGUCGAGCCCUGGUCAUUGCCCCUCUCUUCGGCAUUGCCCAGGUGGUCUACUUCCUGGGUGUUGGUGAAUUUAUCCUCAGCUUCUUGCCUAAAAGAGACAACUAAGAAGCACCUCCUUUCUGCCUUUCCCUCCCAUUACGCAUCACACCAACUGCGUGGGGAUUCAUCUCAUUCUGAUGGGUCACAGCAUGACCGAUUAGUACAUGUUUUAAAUUUCUUGUGUUGAAUGUUGAAGUAGUUUAGGAGGGAGCCUUUUUCCUUUGCCAAGCUGCCUGUGGUGGCACACACAAAUCCAGUAGGCACGCUGAGCUAGCUCUCUGGAAAUGAAGCCACAAAUAUCAGUUGAAGUUUUAAAUGAACGUUGCUUUUUAAUUACAGCAUUUUAUUGCAUUGUUUUAAAUAAGAUUGUCAAAUCCUCAGAGUAGAUGUACUGCCCUUGGUUGCUGCAGUUCUGCACGCCCUCCACUACCUAGCGUUAGUCUCUGAGUGACAGAUCUAUUGAAAAUGAGACACCAUAACUAGCUAAAUUAAAUGCACCUACUUUACUUAUAAAGAUAUGAGACCAUUAGAUGAAUAGAGCAUUUACUAAAAAAUGCUAAUCAAAGAAUUCCCUCAGACCUUAUGUCUUAAAAGAUAGUAUAUUUAGAAUCAGAGAAACAAUAUGCCUCUGUUUCAGACAAAGACACAGGGAAUGUGUUGAUGUGUUAGCGGCACACCCCCUAUGAUCUUUCCUGAGAAGCCACAUCCCUUCCUGUAAGAGGUUGUAAUGAACUCAGCCAUUCAGCUCCGAGCAGACUUUGAUUGCCUUGGCUUUAAGUAGAUCAGGUUCCAGCUGAUAUUCAGUAUUACCACAAUGUUUUGCCUCCAUGAAAAAGAUAUCUCAUGAGACGGCGUACCACAUUUGGGCAUUAUGCACUACCAAACUACACCAACACGUUCUUUUAAACUGCCUCUGUGCUUCUUUCUGUGGGUAGAAACUAUCAAGCAUGUUGUACUUGUGGUCACGCCCCCAAUCAGUGAUGUCACAGCAGGGGUUUUGCCUCAGAGGAAUGAUGGAAAACACCUGCUGUGACAUCACUGAUUGGAUUGUGGCCAAAAGUGCUGCACGCUUUAAAACAUUUCAGUCCACAGAGAGCAGAGCGGCGGCGCUUUCCUGCUCUGUGUGAUUCAUUGUGGGCUCAGAUGAAAGCUGCGAACAUCAAAUGGGUUGAAAGUAAUUUUAAUAGAGGGGCAGAUUAUCAGUAGAUAUUUAGUAAUUACGCAGACAAAUCACAUGCUGAGGCCUCCUGAGUGCACUCAUCUGUUGUGGAGCCAGUGAGACCUCGGCUAGAGUAGCUCAACCCCAGUAGAUCCAGACAUAAUUAUUAUUGUUUACAGAUGAGUUCGCACUCAGUUUUAAAUUCUUUGUCCGAACUUGAAUUCAGUGGCAGGACCCAAAGAGCUAAUGAUAAACAUUUCUUUAUCAGAAACCAAUUUGUUUUCAGUGUUCUAUGAUUUUUACCAAACUCAUCUCAUUUGCUUUAGAGGUUUCGUUUGCUUUAAGCUGCUCCGGAAAAAGCAGCCCCGCUGUAUCUCGUUUAUGCAUCACACAACACUGAAGCCCUGCCAUUGGUUUAUCUCGCCGGAGAUCAAGGUGACUUUGACGUGUAUUAUCCAAUCACAUUCCUCCCUCGCUCCCACCGUUCAAGCAGCUCAUCAGUUGUGCUGUUGCACUGUAGAUACGCGAUGCAACUUUUCAGUGUGUGUUAUCAUUUGUGGGAGUGAGGUCUAUUUAUCAAUAUUCCUUUCUAUCGGCAGUAUAGCACUAUAUAUUUGUAUGUGUUGUUUUUUCUGUGUCAAAGUGUCCACCUUAACUAUAUUGUACAGAAGCAGAUGAUAUGAACUUUAUGUUUUAGGAUUUAUUGUUUGUUUUGUACAUGAUGGCUUAUUUGCACACCUACCUCUCCAGCCCCCCCCACCCCUCAAUCCAUAUUGUGAUUUUUAUGUUAUGAUGGUGUGGACAUAUCAAAUGAAGGAAUGUGUUUUAAUGCAUCAUUUCAACUUAAAUGCAGCAUAUUGAUGAGGGUUUUUUACUGUAUGCAAAGAGGAACACUGGUGUAGAUCUAGGAUGGCUUUUCGGGAGGUGCCGUUAAGUUGGAUCGGCCUAUUGUCCUGUUUCCUACAGUUUUAUCAACUAGGACCAAACGCAGACAUGUCUUUAGUUUUACGUGAAUGACCUCUGGCACUACUUAAACAGUUCUGGAAGUGAAAUACAGCCUGGACAAGGCCGAUAGGGACCUGUUGACAUCAGACUGUAAAUCUGACAUCUGUCCUUUUGAAUGGUGCUUCUUUCAUGAGGUAGCUGCAAUAUGACAUCGAUGGCACCAACGACCAAGGCUGUGCCGACUGAAUCACAUGCUAGCAAGCAAAUCUCAGCGUUAUCAAUGUCUUAACUGAAAGCCAUAGGUCAGGGAGGGACAACAGAGCUGCUAGACAUGGACUGGCACCUCCAGCCAUGUUGUCAGAUGACAGCUGAGCCACAAGGGAACGGCGAAAAAAAAAAAAAAAGACCUGUCGACUCGUGUGAGCUUGUCUUUAUGAAUUACUGUCGUAGUUUUCCAACAUUCCGAUUGCCAGUUCAUCUCAUUUAUGCUGUUAAUGUGAUUAUAAUGCCUAUUUUUGUGUUGUUGAGAUUAUUGUUAUGAUUUUUGAGCCUCCCCUCCCCCACCCUCACACCUCCCUUGUUUUAAGAUUUUUUUUUAAUCUGUUCUUUGGUUGAAUCUUGAAAAAAAUGUUGUGCAAGUCAUUUUGUUUUACUCAGCUGUGAAUUUUCACACAUUGUGCAUUUGGUUAUGUAUGUGUGUGCGUGUCUGACCGUGUAGUGCUGUAGUUGAUGUGUAGUUGUUAGUGUGACACUGCGGUAUUUUUCUCUUUGAUUGUCAGACCCGCGCUCUCUCCCCUCUUUCCUUCUAUCUGUCACACUCCUCUGCCCUCAGCACCCACAGGUGCAGGUAAAUGCAGAGGAGCUCUAAAAGACACCAAAUGUAUGACUUAGAGUGUAUACAAUCAAAGAAAGCACAAAGGAUUAUUAGGCACAAGAGACCACGCGACCCACUUUGAAUACACUCAGACAAAGUCCUUGAAAAACAAUGUGCUGCUUUUGCAGACACGGAUUGAGGUCUGGUUUAUUUCAGCGGAGGUGUCGAUUGAGAUUAACUUUUUUGUCUUGUGAGAAAGUUUAUCUAUGUCUGUAAAACUUGAUCCAUAGGGCUGAGACGACAGGUCGCUAUAAGAGACUCGUAUGAUGGUGUCCACUAUGUCACCCAUCUGCAGUUAAUCCACAAAAUGUAUAUCGCCUACAUAUUAAAUGAAUCAGAUAUAAGAAUGUAUCUUAGAUAUUAUGAGAUGUAUUAUAAUUAUAGUGAAGAGUUUAUUACAUUUUAAUCUAAAGAUUUGUCCUAUACACAUUCACUGAAAAAAUAUUCAUGAACCAGCUCACUGAUAUGCAAUAAGUAGAAGCCACACACAGACACACACUCUUUAAAAAAAAGAAACACAACACAAUGUAUGAUGCAAGCGGGGACCUUGGAGGCCUUCUGGGGUCUGUUCACAGCCUCUGUUGUCUUCCUCCAAGAGGAAUUGUGCAUUAUAGCACUUUAAAACGAGGACCCUCACCCUACUGUCCAUCUACAAAGUCUCUCUGUGACGAAGAGGGUGUUUAUGAAUAUGUGUGGUGAAUGACACAGUUGUCCUAGACAUUGUUGACAAUGCAAUUGAAAAAAAAAUUGUGUUCCCUGUCACAAUUUGCUGUUCAAUAAACUGACUGUCCCUAAA